AUGCAGACCCAUGAGAGGCAAAGCCUAACUUUCGGAAUCGUAGCGAAAAGCCAUUUGAUCGCACUUACCGCUGAACGCGAUGGCUUGCCUGCUCGCCAUGUCUCAUCAAAUGUGCUGGCAGAGGGGUGUGCCAAGCAAUUCCACGACGGGACUUCGAAGAAGAAGAAGAAGAAGAAGAAGAAGAAGAAGAAGAAGAAGAAGAAGAAGAAGAAGAAGAAGAAGAAGAAGAAGAAGAAGAAGAAGAAGAAGAAGAAGAAGAAGAAGAAGAAGAAGAAGAAGAAGAAGAAGAAGAAGAAGAAGAAGAAGAAGAAGAAGAAGAAGAAGAAGAAGAAGAAGAAGAAGAAGAAGAAGAAGAAGAAGAAGAAGAAGAAGAAGAAGAAGAAGAAGAAGAAGAAGAAGAAGAAGAAGAAGAAGAAGAAGAAGAAGAAGAAGAAGAAGAAGAAGAAGAAGAAGAAGAAGAAGAAGAAGAAGAAGAAGAAGAAGAAGAAGAAGAAGAAGAAGAAGAAGAAGAAGAAGAAGAAGAAGAAGAAGAAGAAGAAGAAGAAGAAGAAGAAGAAGAAGAAGAAGAAGAAGAAGAAGAAGAAGAAGAAGAAGAAGAAGAAGAAGAAGAAGAAGAAGAAGAAGAAGAAGAAGAAGAAGAAGAAGAAGAAGAAGAAGAAGAAGAAGAAGAAGAAGAAGAAGAAGAAGAAGAAGAGAAUCAAUAGUGGGGUACCCAAACAGCUUGGUACUUGUCUCGCUGCGAGCCUCCACGGCUUGUUUGCAUCAGCCCGCAUCUGCUGA